AUGGGUUCAACACGAAGUAAACUAGAUGAUAAUGUUUAUGAAUCAAUAGCGAAAUAUACUGAAUUAAAACGAGAUGAUAUUAUAGCAUGGGGAGAACGUUUUGUUCAACAAUGUGAUCCAGGUUCAACAACAAUGAAUAAAGAACAAUUUUGUAAAUUUUAUCAAGAACUUCGACCAACUGAAAAUGUUAAACGUUUAAGUGAAAAUGUCUUUCGUGCUUUUGAUUUAAAUGGUGAUCAUGGUAUUAGUUUUUCUGA